AUGUCUAAUGUGAAACUGAUGCUCUUGCCAACUGUCCAAGGCAGGAAAUUGUCAAAAAUUGAUGGACAGCCCCUCUCUAAACCUUAUAUAUAUCGCAGCACUGUUGGAGCCCUUCAGUACUUAACGCAUACACGGCCGGACAUCACCUAUGAUAUCAACCAACUAAGUCGGUUUCUUCAAACUCCAACUGAUAUCCAUUGGCAGGCAGCUAAAAGAGUACUUAGAUAUAUCAGUGACGUAAAACAUUAUGGACUCUACUUUCAACCAAACCCCAAUCUACAUAUAUCUGCCUAUUCGGAUGUUGACUGGGCAUCCAAUCUUGAUGACAGGAAAUCAGGGCUGCCUACUGUACAUUUGGAGGAAAUAACAUCGUCUCAUGGUCCUCAAGGAAGCAAGCAGUGGUCGCAAGGUCGAGUACAGAAUAUGAAUAUAGAGCAUUUGCCCAUGCCACAUCUGAGGUCCUCUGGCUUCAACAACUACUAG